AUGCUCGGCUCGGGCUCGCUGUCCACCAAGUGGACAACAUACCUUGGCCUCCUGUCAGUACUUUCAACUGCAUUUUCCCCGGUCUUUGCCGUCAAGGAGCAUGAUUGGAAGAAAUGCGACCAGUCCGGCUUCUGCAGGCGUAACCGCGCCUACGCGGACCACGCCCUGUCAGCGAUCUCAUGGGAAUCCCCAUACAAGAUUGCCCCGGAGACUGGCUCGUUCAAAGAUGGUCAAUACCAGGCCAUUAUUUUGAAGACCAUCAACGACCACGGCGAGACUGUUCGGCUGCCGCUUACUGUUUCGUUCCUCGAGUCUGGAACUGCCCGAGUCACCAUCGACGAGGAGAAGCGUCAAAAGGGUGAGAUUGAGCUGCGCCACGAUAGUAAGGCGAGGAAAGAGCGGUACAAUGAGGCCGAACAAUGGGUCAUUGUUGGCGGCAUGACCCUGGACAAGGGGGCCAAGGUUGACUACGAGGAUAAGACUCAGAUGACUGUCAAGUAUGGUCCGUCGUCGAAGUUCGAGGCUACCAUUAAGUUUGCGCCCUUCAGCAUCGACUUCAAGCGUGACGGCGCCAGCCAUAUCAAGUUCAAUGACCAAGGCCUGUUGAACAUCGAGCACUGGAGGCCCAAGAUUGAUCCUCCGCCGGAGCCGGAGAAAAAGGAAGGCGAACAACAGCCUGACAAGAAAGAGGAGGCCCCGCGCGAGGAUGACAGCACUUGGUGGGAGGAGAGCUUCGGCGGCAACACUGACUCGAAGCCUCGUGGCCCCGAAAGCGUUGGUCUCGACAUCUCCUUUGUCGGGUACGAGCACGUCUUUGGUAUCCCGUCUCAUGCUAGCCCUCUCUCUCUCAAGCAGACACGUGGUGGCGAAGGUAAUUACAACGAGCCCUAUCGCAUGUACAAUGCCGACGUGUUUGAGUACAUCCUCGACAGCCCCAUGACUCUCUACGGCUCGAUUCCCUUCAUGCAGGCUCAUCGCAAAGAUUCCAGUGUUGGCAUCUUUUGGCUGAACGCUGCUGAGACUUGGGUUGACAUCACCAAGGGCAAGGAUUCCAAGAACCCUCUGGCGCUUGGGGUCAAGUCCAAGAUCACAACUCGCACUCACUGGUUCUCCGAAAGCGGUCUUUUGGAUGUCUUCGUCUUCCUUGGCCCGACUCCGAAGGACAUCAUUUCCAAGUAUGCUGAGCUGACGGGUACCACGGCGAUGCCUCAAGAGUUCUCCUUGGGCUACCAUCAGUGCCGCUGGAACUACGUCUCCGACGAGGACGUCAAGGAUGUCGACCGCAAGAUGGACAAGUUCAACAUGCCGUACGACGUCAUUUGGCUGGAUAUUGAGUACACCGACGAGAAAAAAUACUUCACCUGGGAUAAGCACAGCUUCAAAGACCCGAUUGGCAUGGGCAAGCAACUCGAGGCCCACGGUCGCAAGUUGGUCACUAUCAUUGACCCGCACAUCAAGAACACCAACAACUACCCUGUUGUUGACGAGCUCAAGUCUAAGGACCUUGCCGUCAAGACCAAGGAUGGCAGCAUCUUCGAGGGUUGGUGCUGGCCGGGUUCGUCGCACUGGAUCGACGCCUUCAAUCCCGCAGCUCGUGAGUGGUGGAAGGGUCUCUUCAAAUACGACAAGUUCAAGGGCACGAUGGAGAACACGUUCAUCUGGAAUGACAUGAACGAGCCGUCUGUCUUUAACGGCCCGGAGGUUACUAUGCCGAAGGACAACCUGCACCACGGCAAUUGGGAGCACCGUGAUGUUCACAACCUGAACGGCAUGACCUUCCAGAACGCUACCUACCACGCCCUUUUGUCACGGAAACCGGGCGAGCAUCGUCGCCCGUUCGUGCUGACUCGCGCCUUUUUCGCUGGUUCUCAGCGUCUUGGUGCUAUGUGGACUGGUGAUAACACGGCCGACUGGGGCUACCUGAAGGCCUCCAUCCCCAUGGUCCUCAGCCAAGGUAUCGCCGGCUUCCCCUUCGCGGGCGCCGACGUUGGCGGCUUCUUCGGCAACCCCGACAAGGACCUCCUCACACGCUGGUACCAGACCGGCAUCUUCUACCCCUUUUUCCGCGCCCACGCCCACAUCGAUGCCCGCCGUCGCGAGCCCUACCUCACGGGCGAGCCCUAUAAUACCAUCAUCGCGGCGGCCUUGCGCCUUCGCUACAGCCUGCUGCCCUCGUGGUACACUGCCUUCCGACAUGCUCACCUCGACGGCACACCCAUCAUCAAGCCCAUGUUCUACACCCACCCGUCUGAGGAGGCUGGUCUACCCAUCGAUGAUCAGUUCUUUAUUGGCAAUACGGGUUUGCUUGCCAAGCCUGUCACGGACAAGGACCGAACCUCUGUCGAUAUCUGGAUUCCCGACUCCGAGGUCUACUACGACUACUUCACCUACGAUAUCAUCUCGGCCGCCAAGAGCAAGACGGCCACGCUCGACGCGCCGCUGGAGAAGAUUCCUCUUCUGAUGCGCGGUGGCCAUGUCUUUGCGCGCAGGGAUAUCCCGCGCCGCAGCAGUGCGCUGAUGAAGUGGGAUCCGUACACCCUUGUCGUUGUGCUCGGCAACGACAGGAAGGCUGAGGGCGACCUGUAUGUUGAUGAUGGCGACUCGUUUGACUACGAGAAGGGCCAGUACAUCCAUCGCAGGUUCAUCUUUGACGCGAAUACUCUCACCUCAGCUGACUAUGAGGGCAGGGAUGACGCUUCCAUAAAGGAGGGCGAGUGGCUCAAGAAGAUGCGCACCGUCAAUGUGGAGAAGAUCAUUGUCGUUGGCGCUCCGGCUGCUUGGAAGGGGAAGAAAACUGUUACAGUUGAGUCGGAGGGCAAGACCUGGGCGGCUGCCAUCGAGUAUAACCCGGCCGAGAAGAGCCGGGCGGCGUUUGCUGUGGUCAAGAAGGUUGGUGUGAGAGUUGGCGCUGAUUUUAAGAUCGUCUUUGGUUGA